UCCAACUCCAUUGGCCUGUCCUGUUACCAACCCCCCCCAGGCAGCAAAGAUCCCCGCUUCACUUCCGAGUUAGUGAGCCGGGCACAGACUGAAAACUGGGCACAGUGGACACUGAGGAAAGGCAUGAAGUCCCUACCAGAAGCAAUGGAGCAGGAAUUGCAGAGACGCGGUAUAGAAAUUCACCGGGAUACACCUGUCAACACAAUUCAACAGAAGCCUGAUGGAGCCUGGGAGGUCCAUCUUGAUGGAGGGACGAUGAACGCAGAUCACAUUUUUUCCUCGGUACCAGCAAAAGUGCUGAGCAGAAUCCUCCCUCAGUCCUGGGUCACCCUGUGUGACAGCCUGCGUGAGAUCGACAGCGUGUCUGUCACUGUGGUCAACCUGGAGUAUGAUGGCUCCGUCCUGCCUGUUACAGGCUUUGGACAUCUCGUGCCCUCACAGGAGAGCAGUGAAAUCUUGGGCGUUGUUUAUGACUCCUGCAGUUACCCCCAGCAAGAUCGAGUGGGCCCCCCUACCACCAGGCUAACGGUCAUGAUGGGCGGCUCCUGGUUCCAGGAAGCCUUUGGGGAUCCAGACACUGUGCCUCAGGACCAUUUGCUGCAGCGAGCCACGGAAACAGUGCGCAGUCACCUGGGCAUCACCCAGACGCCCCUGAGGGCCAUCAUCAGAGUGCAGAAGGUGAGGGAAGGCUUCGUCUCAAUCACUCCUGUCAAGCACUUCCAGGUCACAGUGAAGCUACAUUGA